AAAAAUGAUUUUAAAAAGCUUAACUAGUAUGGAUAAAUACAGAAAUUAAUUGGCCAAAAAGUGUGGGAUCCAUGAUAAUAAAAAUAUUAUAUAAUAUGUUUUAAAUUAAUAAAUUGUCUUGAUUUAUAUUAAAAUGUAACCGAGACUGUGUACUUUUCUCGCUGUUCUUUGAUAUAAAAAUAAAGAUAACAGAAGUUACAGUAAUCACCAGGGUUGAUUACUCCUCUGACUAUCGUCAUUGACUAAAAUCUUCUCACAAAAUCCUUGGGGAGGUUGACAGGUUUGACGUAUUGUGGAAAACAGCAGAACUGCUUGUUAUCCAUUUUUCCAGCUUAGUGGUUAGGCAAGGGUUUAAUUAAUGCUGGAUGUUGAUGCCUGUUUGUUGGUGGUAAUUAUUUUUGAGGAUGCCCCCACUAGCUGAAGGGAAGUGCUCUCUGGCAUUAGGUCGUUUUAUUUAAUGACAGGUCUGAUGAUUUAAUUACAGUGGCUCUGUUAACCUCAUUGUCUCCUGUAUAAAGGGGCUUUGAUCACUGAGGCCCUGGGCAUUUGAAAAGUCUUGGACUGUAUGUGUCAAUUGAACCAGCUGUUUAGGACUAAAGAAGAACUCCUGUAUAAAGUAGAUGAGCAACAGUGCUCACCGUGUUGCUGGUAGAGUCAUGACCCUGAGACAAGCCAAUGGCUGCAAACAGCUGACCUUGACCAUUAGCCUGACCCUGACUCUAGGCCUGCUGCAAUGGCCAAUAGAAGAUGUUAGUGGUCAGGAUGGACUGUCUCCUGCUCAAGUCCUUCAGGAGCUGCUGACACGCUAUGGUGACAACACCAGCAUCUCUGUCCCUCAGCUCCGAUCGCUCCUCAUGCGGUUAAACGGAGGGCAGAGUGGAGAACAUGACGCACAAACACAGCCCACCAAAACCAAUGUAUCUAAGUGCUUGGCUGCAGACACUCUGGCAGCGUACGGGAUGAGCGAACAGUCUCGUAUAGAUGAACGAGGCCUGCGAGAGAUCUGCCCUACCAUGAUACAGCAGCUGGACUCACAAGCAUGCAAGACCCAACAGGACCAAGAGUCUGAGACCAGCCCCAGACCCAGUUACGCUGAGGUGUGGGGUUACUCAAUUUUGAGUGUGACUCUGGUUAGUGUGUUCGCUUUGACCAGUGUUUUAGUGGUGCCCCUGAUGAGGACACGGUUCAUGCGCAGAACUCUCAUCUAUUUCAUCGCACUCUCCAUCGGAACGUUGUUCUCCACCGCCAUCCUGCAGCUCCUGCCUGAGGCCUUUGGAUUCGACCCUAUGGAGGAUUAUUAUGUGCCCAAGUCCGCUGUCGUAUUUGGAGGAUUCUACCUGUUCUUUUUUACAGAGAAAAUCCUGAAGAUGAUCUUAAAGCCAAAGGACAAGGGAGGGCACGGCCACGGCCACAGUCACUUCCCUGCAGAGCGCUAUGCCAACUCUAAUGGCGACCUAGAGGAUGGUGUGAUGGAGAAACUGCAGAAUGGAGAGGCUGGAGGAGCAUCUUUACCCAGAGUGGAAGGAGAUGUCAGAGGGGUUGGAGAAGAUGACAAAAUGCUGAGCACUGGGCAGACGGUACAGGACGCUCAGAGUUCAGGUGGUGCUGGAACGGGUGGAUGUUAUUGGCUGAAGGGCAGGGCAUACUCUGACAUCGGUACUCUGGCGUGGAUGAUCACUUUAAGCGACGGUCUCCAUAAUUUCAUAGAUGGUUUGGCUAUCGGAGCGUCCUUCACUGCUUCUGUGUUCCAGGGCAUCAGUACGUCAGUGGCAAUUCUGUGUGAGGAGUUUCCACAUGAGUUGGGUGAUUUUGUAAUCCUGCUAAACGCUGGCAUGAGCAUCCAGCAGGCACUGUUCUUUAACUUCCUGUCAGCGUGCUGCUGUUAUCUGGGCAUGGGCUUCGGCAUCCUGGCUGGGAACAACUUCUCUCCUAAUUGGAUCUUUGCUCUAGCCGGGGGCAUGUUCCUCUACAUUGCACUAGCUGAUAUGUUUCCAGAGAUGAACGAGGUGAGUCGUGAAGAAGAGGAGGCCGGAGGAAGUGGCUCUCUGGUCACUUUCGCCAUCCAGAACGCAGGACUGCUCACAGGGUUUGCUAUCAUGCUCCUACUCACCAUGUACUCUGGACAGAUACAGCUUGGAUAGCAGAGGACUUAAAUACAAACUCAGACCCUGAGGGACUAACUCAGCACCUGGACUUAAACCUGAGACCUACUGGGACCUCCAGACUUAAAUAUGAGCCAGCUGUGCUGGCUUGUUUUAAAACGUUUGCCCAGCUGGACUAGGUCAUGAUGACGUAAAUUGAAAUCUUAUGGGCUCAAACCCUGGACUGUUUGAAUGAAGCUAGAAUUGACUGACUUGUGAAUUUUGCUUUAAAUUCAUCCAAAACCCAGACCUAUGGAUGGAUGCUUUACCAUUCAUCUAGUUUAGGCCUUCUCUCGUUCUUUUGCCUCAAAGCUUUAGGACACAAUGUCCCUGUACUGAGUGGAUUCCAGUACCCUAACAUGUACAUCUGGGUAUUUUUGUAUUGAUUUCUGUGUUCUAAUGUUAAUUUUUUUCAACAAAAAGUCUCUUUCUUUCGGAGACAGAGCACGUUUGUAUUCCUGACCAUGAUGAUUAGAGUAUUGUCCACUGACUGACAUGUAACAGAUGGGAUAAAACUUGACUCAUUUUAAUGACAUUUGGUCAAAUGCAGGUUGUUUCUGAUGCUUCAAACCAAAUGGUUUUGUUUAUUCAGUAGAAAAAAUAAACAGCGAAAAAAUAAAAAUGCUUAGGGACAAGAUAUAUAGAUACUGUAUAGACUAGUUAGUUGUCACUCAUAAUUCUACUGAACUGAACGCCAUGUAGGUCACUUUAAUCAAAGGUUACUCUGCAUUGUUGCAUAAGUAGCUUUUAGUUUAAAUACAAAGCAGUGUCUGUUCACAAAUUUAUCCGUACUUAGUUUCUCUCCUCAACGUCAUUCCAUAAUAGCAAGCAAAAAGCUUGAAACACUAAGGAUUCGUUUGUUAUUGAUGAUUUUUUUUUUUACUACUUUAAGAAAAAAGCAGAGACCAAGUUUCUUUGAGAGAAAUCCAACUUUUCUUUCCAUUUAUAUGACCAGAAUAAUUGGUGUGCAUUUUUAUUGUACCCUCCUCUAAUUUGCAUAACCUUGAAUAUUAAUUGACAGACAGAAAAAAGAUCACACCCACUUCAGUUUAUAAUUGCUCUCAAAUUAUGACAGUGCUGGUUGUUAUUAUUAUUUAUUAGAUAAUAAAUACUCUUUAAUAAUAUUUUCCACAUCUUUUCAUUUAAUUUGAAUGCAGUACUCUUCAUAAUUUAAGAAAUAAUUAGGAAAUGCAAGCAAAAUGUGUGCAUAAAGGUGGUGUCGUAGUGACUCUACAAUAAUACGAUCAUUCCUUAUAACUUUUCCUGGUCGAUUUCCUUACGAUACGGUCCCAUUGGUUAACUUUAGUUAACUACAUUAGUAAACUAACAAUGAAAAAUGCUUCUAAAUCAUAUAUUAAUCUUAGUUCAUGUUCAUUUCAGCAUUUACUAAUAUAUUAUUAAAAUCAAAAGUAUCUGCUAAUAUUAUGUACCUGAGCUAACAUUAUCUAACAAUGAACAGUUGUAUUUGUGUUAACUAAAUUAUUUAAACUAAAUUAAAUAACUGCUGUAAUAAUAAUAAAUGUAUUAGUCAUUGUUGGUUAAUGCAUUAACCAAAGUUAACAAAUGGAACCUUAUUGUACAGUGUUACACUUUUCCUUUAUAUACUGUAUCGCACUACAGUACACUACUUAGAGCUCUUUGCUAAUUUAGCAUUUAGACUGACAGGACCCACUUGAACACAUUUUGAAUACCAUUUAAAGCUGAAGUAUGUAAUUUCUGUGGCACUAGUUUAUUCAAAAGUUAUUGCAAAAUCCUGACUGAUUGUUUGGAUAGGUUCACACAAAUGACUUAUAACUUUGUUUCUGCAUAUUAAGAUGGGAUUUUAGUAUUAGAAGAAAAAAGACACUUCGGCUUUAAAACGGCUUGAAUUUUAGAAGUUAAUUAGGACUGUUCUUAUACAUAUGGUCUUAUGAUACAGAUAUGUUAUAUUUCUAUGCAGCAAAAUACAAUUUAAAUAGAAAAAACUAUGAGAUUCAGUAAUUUAACUUGCGCUUCAGAUCAACCUUUGCUCACAAUACAGUAGAUCCCCGGUUAUGACUUUUGUCUUCCAGAUAAAAUGUAUUCUUCCAUUGCUUAUAGUAAUAUUCUUAAUAUUCUGCAUAAGAAUUGAACCUGACAGCCCAGUAUGCUGUUUAGCAAACAGCUCCACGAACAUUCUGUUCGUUGUUUGAAAUGUCAUUUUAGAACUGAGCGUGAAGCUUCUGGUCAACAGAUCUGAGUAUAACUUUUUUUCACGGUUGUAAUUGCAUAUUCUGUGCAUUUAGACUAUCAGCGUUACUUUUCUAUAAUGCCCCUUUGUCUGUUAAGUGUAUGUGGAAGUUGCGUUCUUUGUGUGCAAGUUAGUUGAAACCAUUAUUUCAGCUGGCGUCUUAUUGCUAUGCAUUGACGUCCUCUGAAGUGAGUUUAUGCCUUAAAGAGAGGAGGAAGUCUCAACGCCAUCAUUCAGUGGGAAAAGUUUUAAGUUUUUGUACCUCGUUUUAAAUUCAGUGAUAUUUAAAGACUUUUGUAGUGUAGAAUGUGUGUGAAUGUUUGUGAUUUUGCUAUUGAUUUAUGUAUUUUGUCAUCAGUAAUUGUAUUUAACUGAUAAGAGGGAAACUGCUCUUUAAAUUUUGUUGCUGUAAGAGAGUAUGUGAGAAAAUCAGCAUCUCAUUGUUUUAUUUUCGUAGUGGAUGGUGGAGGCCAGUGUACCUGGCUAUGAUGAAGGCAUUAUGUUAAUUACUGUAAACAUCUCAAGUGUUUUGUGACUCAUACUUGUGCAACAUGUGAAAUCUGAUUGCUGGUAACUUUGUUUUUUUUUUUUUUUCCUUUUGAAAUAAUAAGCCAUGGGUUUUAAGUUCAUGUUUUGUGCAAUGGAAGAGAAAAAAAAAAAAAAAAAAAAACAUGAUCCAAAACUGAAA